AUGAAGGUCUUCCCUGAAGCGGACGUUAUCUGGUGGAAUGCGAACUCUUACUACAUUCAAUGUCCAUUUUGCGAAUCAGUCCAUUGCCAUGGCGUUAACUGGAAGGCAAACAAGCUGAGAUAUUCGCAUUGCGAGAGAAUGGAGAGUUACCUCUGCUGCUUCCCCUUGAAUGAUCGAGGCGAGGUUGCGUAUGAAAUUGGCAAGAGACGAGGACGAUAUAUCAAUAUUUGCAUUGCCCAUGAUAGGAAUACCGAGUAUGAAUAUGGGAAUGGUGAUGAUGCCGAUACCGAUGAUACUGGUGAUGAGGAUGAUGAGGAUGAUGAGGAUGUUAAUCGUCUGGCGAUCGAAUUGGCUCAGAAGGCUACAAUCGCGGCACAAAGGGAAUAA